CCCAUAUAUAUCAUCAUCAAAGUCUAAUUAAGUGUAUAUGAUGGACUCAUCAAUGGGUUCAAGAGUUGUGUUAUUGCUUGCAUUGGCUGUUGCUGCGGUAGUUGUUGCUCCUCCAAGGCCAGUUUUGGCAACAGAGUUUGUGGUUGGAGAUGAGAAUGGGUGGAAGAAUAACAACUUCGAUUACAAAGCUUGGGCAGGAAGCAAAGAGUUCCACGUUGGAGACAAACUCAUUUUCAAGUACCGCCCGGGGGCACACAAUGUUUAUAAAGUGGACGGAGCUGGGUUCCAGCAGUGCAAGGCGCCGGAAAACGGCACCUCCUUGAGUUCCGGCAACGACGAGAUCACGCUGUCGUCGCCGGGGAAGAAAUGGUACAUUUGUGGCGUUGGGACUCACUGUCAAUCUGGAGGGAUGAAGCUUGCCAUCAACGUUUUAUCUCGACAGGGUGUUGCUAUUACUCCGGCCAUGGCUCCGGUUCCCUCCACCCCUGCUCCUCCGUUCACCCCUGCACCGUCUGCGGCCGCCCAUGAUGCUCCGGCGAGAUUUGCUGCCUGGAUCGUUGCACCAAUACUCCUCAUCUUCUUGUCAACCAUGGCUUGAGCCAUCACUACUUCAUUCCCCAUUACUUGACAAUCAUGUUUUUGUAUUCUUUCAUUAUGGGCUUAAAUGUACGUUGAAUUUGUCCGAUGAA